AUGAGUCCCAUCUUCGGGACAGUUUCGAAGGUUCCGUGCUCCGCUGUCGUGUCUGACCCUCUCGCGUUUCCUUCUCUCUCUGUCCUCUCCCCGCAGCCGUGCCUGCGUGCAUACGGCGACUGGUGCUUUACUUCGGGCCAAACACUGAGUGGGCACAGGCAACCAGCAAGGCUGCGCAGCGUCGGCUCCCAGCCGUUCCUGAACUUGGCCUGGGAAAUCGCGUCACGAUGGGAGGCUCCCGAACUUCCCGAGUGUGUUGGCGUGCAUUUGGAUGAUGUGAGCGUCAGUGCAGGGCCGGCCGAAGGUGCACCACACCAAAGUUUCAGAGGCAAGUUUUGA